AUGCCUACUCUAAUAUUUGGAACAUUUAACAUAGCGUCUGCAAACAUAAGAAAUGCUUUAGAGAUUGGGAUUAAGGCCGGAUACAGACACAUCGAUACAGCUUCAAUUUAUGGGAACGAGGAUGCUAUUGGAGAUGCAUUACAAGAUUUUAUUAAUUCUGGAAAGAUAUCGCGUAAAGAAUUAUAUAUCAUUGGAAAGCCUUGGCUAACCCACCAUAGGGACAUAAGGCCAGCUUGUAUAAAUUCUUUAUCAAGACUCAAGCUAUCGUAUUUUGGUCAAUAUCUUCUUCACUGACCCUUAUCUCUAAAGCCAGAUGGUAAAGAUCCUCCAGUCUUUUCACCAUCAAAAGACCUUUCUCUAGUAGACUAUUAUCCCCUUUAUAAAAUAUGAGAACAGAUGGAAAAACUUCAAGAUGAAGGCUUACUCUCCUCUUUAAAUUGAACCAAUGUUUUUGGAUUUUAAAUCAUUUUAUAAAAUUAAUUAAAUAAUCGGUCUAUUCAGAGUGAAUUUGUUUAAAUUAAUUUGAUUCUACUUUUUCGAUUAAAUUAGGGCAAAACGAAUAUUAAAAAAUUAUUUCUUUAAACUAUAAAUUUCUUAUUAAAAAAAAUGUAUUCCAAUAUAGAGGGUCAAACUACCCAACAACGGAAAUUUUACUAAUGUUUAUAUCAAUUUAAAAGAUGGGGGAAUUAGUGAAAAGCAUAGGAGUGUCUAAUUUUACAAUUGCUCUAUUGCAAGAUAUGCUUGGAUACUCAAGAAUAAAGCCAGAGACUAAUGAAAUCGAAAUAUCGAUAUUUAAUCCCCAGCAUGAGCUUGUAGAUUUUUGCCAUCUACACAAAAUUGUCCCUUUGGGAUAUAGAGUUAUCUAUAAUCCUAUAAAUGAUUCCCUUUCCAAAUUCAAAAAAUGUGCACUGGAAGACCAAGUGGUUAUUGAUUUAAGCAGAAAAUAUCACGUUGAUCCAGCACAAUUGCUUAUAGCAUGGUGCUUAGCAAGAAAUUGUGGAGUAAUUGUAAAAUCUGAAACUCCAAAAAGAAUUAUUGGGAACUUUGAAGCCCUUAAACUUGCACUUAUUUAAGGUUUAGCGACUUGACUGUUAGUAAUACAGUACCAAAGAUCCCCGCAGAGGAUUCACACUCUUAGUGACAUCGCCAGGAGAACUUGCUCGAAUGAGGUGAGGAUUCGCCAGGUAGCCAAGGUUUGGACGCCAUCCUUCUUCUCCUUCAGUGCUUGCUGCCAUAGUAUCUGAAGUAUAGCCUUGUGUCUCUAUUUCCUAAUUGACUUGUCGGCUCCAGUAUUAGAUGAUGUAUUAAGGUUGCCCCAAAAAAUCAAAAAAAAUAGAAUUUCUGGUCUAAUCCCAGCAAAAAGUAAAAUUCAAAACUCUCAGUUUUACGCUAGGAAAUUCCCCGAUUGGUCUAGGCAUUGCAUGCAGACGAUGCUGGUCUUUCCCUUUCUAACUCUGAACCUCCUCUUUCCUCGGUAAAAUCCAAUCCUGAAAGCUGAAUAGGGCUAGGUUCUUAAAAGUGCCAGAAUUGUUACCUAGCAUAGCUGCCCAUUUUUGGGUUGACAAAAAUCUUGCCCAGAUAUAAUAAAUAUGUGCUCGAAACUGCAUUUUCUUCCAGGGCGCCCGAGCCGAGACGCCACAUUUAUUUAUAGGAACAUUGAAGCUCAAAAGCUGAUUUUGGAAAAAGAAGACAUAGAAAAGCUAAGCUCAGUGACCACAAAUGGAGUAUAUUGUGACCCUUAUGAAAGUUUUGGGAUUCAUCUGCUUAAAUAA